GCUGGGACGUCUGAUCGGAGUGGGUGUCGGUUCGUUCGAGUGGUCGCGACCGAGAGAGCGAGAGAGAGGGACGAGGGGACAAUUGCCGUAAGCAUGCUCGCGUGAGACGGCGAAUCGAAGCGCAGCGCGAAACAUGGCCAGUGAUAUUUGGUGGUGGGCCCACGCGCGGCCAGUCAGGUGCGCCGCCGGCCAGGUGCAGUGGAAAUCGGUGCUCCUAUUGGUGCUCCUCGUCGCGAUUGCCGUCGUACCUGCCGCACGAGCAGCUCGUCAAGGUCCGUCCACGGAUUUCAGCAGCUACGCGAAAGUGCGGCCGAGAGUGUUUCACGGGAGGAAUAAAAGGGAGAUUUCGUCGACACGAGAGGCGGAUCUCAAGCAUGCCGAUUUACUCACCGUUGGCCUCAUGAUAGACGGGGUGGAGCGACUUUUGGAUCUCCGAUUAAAUACCGAUCUAAUACCUGUCGGUUAUCAGCAACGUCACCAGGAAGGGGGCACGUAUAAAGUGCAUACGCCGUCGAAGGUGGAACUCUGUCACUAUCAAGGCAGCAUCCGAGGCGUCCCUGGUUCCUGGGCAGCCGUGUCUACAUGCAGAGGAUUACGAGGAACCAUCUUCGACGGCGAGAAUUCCCACCACGUGCAACCGGAAGAGGGAUCCUUGGAGUCGCCUCACUAUCUAUACAAGCAAAGCGACCUAAUAGCUAAUAAAACUUGCGGAUACCAGGGAACCGCACAUCAGGUCGUCGAUCGCGAGCAUCGGCUCCAUAAAAGAUCACCAAGA